CCCUCCUCCUUAACUAGACUUCCAUUCCUGACCCAUGUUACGCCGUUAGUGUUACCCUUCAACAACUACUCUCUCUCUCUCUCUCUGGAGUCUGGAUUUAUAUACUUAUAUCCACAGCUAGCCCGCCACGCUGAUUGAGCAACGACGCACACACAACACAAGAAUCUGAGUCUGCAGCAAUGGCGUUAAAAGUUCUCUCCGCCCUUGACACUGCGAAAACGCAGUACUACCACUUCAAAGCAAUCAUAAUCGCCGGCAUGGGUUUGUUUACGGAUGCCUACGACCUUUUCUGCAUCCCUCCAAUCAUGAGACUCAUCGGACGUAUUUACUACGAUGAACACAAAGUCCCCCCGGUUGUCAACUCCACCAUGAUUGGCAUGGCCCUUUUGGGCACGGUGAUUGGCCAACUCGUCUUUGGACGACUCGGCGAUCAAUUGGGUCGGCGAAGAGUGUACGGAGUGGCAUUGAUUCUCAUGGUGAUGAGCUCUAUCGGGUGUGGAUUUUCUAUAUGCGCGUCCGAGAGGGCAUGCGUGUUGCUGAGUCUUGGGUUCUUUAGGUUCUUAUUGGGUGUGGGCAUUGGAGGGGAUUAUCCUCUGUCGGCGACGAUCAUGUCGGAGUUUGCUAACAAGAGGACACGAGGAGGGUUCAUAGCCGCCGUUUUCUCGAUGCAGGGCUUUGGGAUUCUUGUAAGUUCGACGGUGACGAUGGUGGUUUGUGCUAUAUUUGACAGGGUGUCGAAUCCGCCCAAAGGCAAGGCGCCGGAGGUGGCGGAUUUGGCGUGGAGAUUCAUACUGAUGAUCGGUGCAAUCCCGGCCGGCAUGACGUUUUACUGGCGUAUGAUGAUGCCUGAGACUGCCAGAUACACAGCUCUGGUGGAGAAAAAUGUCCUGCAAGCAGCAAAGGACAUGGAGAAAGUGCUAGACAUAUCACUGAGUCAGAUUGCAGAGGACGUUGAGUAUCCCUCAAAUUCACCAUCUUAUCCUUUUCUUUCCAGAGAAUUCUUUCGUCGCCAUGGUCGUGACCUUUUCGCUUGUUCCAUUUCGUGGUUUCUCGUCGAUGUUGUCUUUUACAGCAGCAACCUCUUCCAGUCUCAAAUCUCCGACGAUUUUCUCCCUAACAAGAAAGAUAUGAAUGCCUUCGAAGAGGCUUAUCAAGUCGCAAAACUCCAAGCAACCAUCGCCAUUUGCUCAACAGUUCCAGGCUAUUUUGCUACUGUCUACUUCAUCGAUCGCAUUGGAAGAGUCAAAAUCCAAAUCAUGGGCUUCUUCUUCAUGGCCAUUGGCAUGUUCGCCAUUGGGAUACCAUACUACACGUACUGGAAUGGUAAAACGAAUACAGCUGGUUUCGUUAUUCUAUAUGGUCUCACAUUCUUCUUCUCCAAUUUUGGACCCAACACAACCACUUUUAUAGUGCCUGCGGAACUUUUCCCGGCCAGAUUCCGAUCAACAUGCCACGGCAUUUCGGGGGCUGUCGGAAAGGUGGGGGCAAUUAUAGGGUCAGUUGGGUUUCUAUGGGCGUCGCAUAGUAAAAAGAAGGACCACUACGAUGGGAUAGGAAUGACAAACUCGUUGGUGAUUUUGGGUGGAGUUUGUAUUGUUGGGAUGGCCACUACGUACUUGUUCACGCGUGAAACAAUGGGGAGAUCACUGGAGGAGAAUGAGAAUGAGGAUGAGACUAGUAAUGUGUGGUUCUUAAGGUGUUUCAGUUUCACUAAUUGUUGCUUCAAGCCAAGCUCAUGUCUCAAUGAAGUUGCUGCUGCUGUAUAAGGUGAAAUACGAUGAAGCUUAUCUAUUUGCUGUUUGCUUGAUCAGAUGUCUGCUACUUCUUCUAAGAAGUUGCAUUAAUUACUAGGUUGUCAAAGUGUCAGGUUGUAUUUGUUUGUAUGUUGUAUAUUCCUAUCCUAGGUUUGUCUAUUUUGUUCCAACUGAGACUUGUUCAAGUUGUCAUUUGAACCACUUUCCGUAAUAUAACAGGGUAUAAUAUCUUUCUUCUUUUUUUUUUUUUU